AGAGGCUCCUUCAGUCUUCCUGGAUUGGACAUGAUGUCUCCUCAACUGUGAUUUUUAUACUUCCUUGUGAACGUAAUAUAUCUUUUAUCAGUUGGACUUUUAACCUAGAUACCAUAUAUAAAUUAUAAAGAAGCUUUUGCUGAUCAAUUUGACUUAAGAUUCUGUAGUGUGAGGUUCCAGCAUCUGUAGCGAGUUCUUCAAAUUAGUGGGUGAAUAUUUUCGAUAUUUUGGAAUAAUUCCCAGACAUGGCAUUACCUUGUGAGAAAAUUCGCAUAUUGAAUAUAAUAAUCAUUAUAAUGAUGAUCACUUAUGAAAUAUCAGCUAGACCGGGAAAUGAGUGGAGACAGAACAACUCAUGUCAAGACAAAGAUUCUAUAAAGCGUGAAAUCUGCCAGAGAUGUGCCAAACAGACCAAAUCCCUACUGGCAUACCCUAUGUGCUGUAAUGAAGAAGAUGCAGUCCAUAAAUGGUGCUAUCAUUACACCACCUAUGGCAAGGUCGCAUAGGAAUAAUAGCUAUGCUACUUGUUAAUAAAUUAGUGUGAUAGGGGAUUCAGUACGAAGCCACCAACAAUCAAAUUUAUCAAAAAGAAAAUCUUUGAUUUAGUCAGAGGAAUGGUGCGUGUGGACGGACUUUUAUUUGUGAUAUUGUAAAGUAUACAAGUGUACGUUAAGAAUCUCGUGUGUAUAUAAACCCCAUAUAUUUUGUGUUUAUACUAGAAGAGGUUCCGAUAUAAGGCUAACCUGCACCGAUCUAUUUAAUGGAUAAAAAUUAUUUGAUAUGAGAUUUAGUACGUUAAAAAUGAUAAAAAACAAGGGAUGCCGCAUCUGAUUUUGACAUAACUAUAAUUAAUUAAUACAUAAUCGUCCCAGGCAGAUAUCAUUUUAGAUUUUUUGGUUCAUUCGAAACAAAGAAGGUUUUUUGUAAUUUUUCUCUUAUUGAUUGUUUUAGAGUUACAAACAAUUUACAACUAAAAAAACGCAAGUUCACAAUUUUCAAGGCUCAAAACACAAGUAGAAAAUAUUAUAUAAAGCACCUUAAUUCAAGGUCAAACCUUCUUCUAUCAGGUCAUGAUAAUAAUUUUUGCCACGUUUUAUUCUAAAGUAUAUUUUUUUAAUUAUUAAUGAGGAAGACGUGCGAUCGAGCUGCAUUAGCAAAUGAAAAAUAAUGUUUUAUAAUGAAAUAAGUCCAAAAUACUACUUAUCAAGAACUAAUAAAAUAAGGUUUGAUCUUGAAUUUAGGUACUUCGUAAUUUCAAAAAUGAUAUUUUUACUUAUGUUUUUAGCUUUAAAAAUCGUCAUUUUCGUUUUUUUUUCAGUUUUAAAUUGUUUAUAACUCAAAAACAGUCAACUUAAAGAAAAAUUACAAACGAACUUAUUUGGUUCGAAAGAUCCAAAAAAUCUAAAAUAUCUGCCAGACCGAAAUUUCUUUUAAAACUUAUAAAAAAACAAGUUUUUUUCAAUUAUUAAUUAAUUAUAAUCAGGACAAAAUUAUUAUAUCGGGCACCCCAUAUUUUUUAUAAUUUUUAAUUACAAAUUAAAAUUUUCAAUUACAUAAUUAAAUAAAUUUUAUUCAUUAAACAAAUCGGUGCAAGUCAACCUUAUAUCGUAUCUUCGACUAAAUUUGUGAUAUUUAUAAGAUUAACUCUUACAUUUUGAGUUUGACAAAAAUAGGAUUAGACUAUUAUAACGAUAAAAAAGCUUUAUGAGCUUAUUUCAACAAGAACAAUUGGCUCCAGUCUGGAGUAAAAUUUUGUAGCAUCAAAUUAUUUCAAUAAGACUUUGAUAAUACUUUUUUCUUCAUGAGAGACUAACAAAUGAUUUUCUUGUAGUGUGUAGUGUACAAUAUUCUUGUUGUGAUGUCAUAUUAAAGAUUUUUUGUUGGUA